AUGACUUGCAAACGAAAGCGCCUGGAGACCGACAUCGCGUCUAGAGUAGCUAUAUCGAAGCGAUCUCGUCAUACCACAGAGGCCGAUCUAUUGUCGCCGUUAUCUGACGAACUCCUCAUACGCAUCCUCACCCUUUUACCUCUUCCGGAUCUCUUAAACACCGCUCCCGUAUCGCAGCGCUUUUAUCACCUAUCCGGCGACUCCCAGCUAUGGAAACGUCUAUACUAUUCGCGCUUCGUCCUACCCCGCGCCCUUCGCAUUCCGGGAUUCCGGGAUGGUUCCGCUAGAGAAGGCAAGCUACACUACUCCUCCCGCAAAGCAGUAUGGGCAGAUGGAAGAAGAGGAGGCUGGGCAGAUAUACACAUUGGAGAUUUGGACGACAGUUCGAGGGACUGGAAGAAACAAUAUAAGCUGCGCCAUAACUGGUCCAAGGGAAAAUGCGCCGUCGAAGAGUUGCAGCUUAGACAAGAACUUCCCUUACCCGCAACAAGUCUAUCGCAUAAAGUCCUUGUAAAAGUUACCGAGGGUAUCGCGAUAACAGUAGAUGCCACGACAGGACUACGAGCGUGGGACUUGAAGACGAAGCAACUCUUGGCGCAGAUUAGUCUAAGAGAAGUUGACUCAGGAGCUGCUCCAAGUUGCAUUGCAAUAGACGACCAAAAGAUCCAUCAACAAAUUCUAGAAAUUGCCAUAGGUUUUGUAGAUGGGGGAUUUGGGGUUUGGGCAUUAGACGUGAAAGAAAAGAAGAUCCUACCGAGAUACCGGCACAAGAAAUCCAGCAAUGGUGAAUUAGUCGGAAUUGCUUUUUCUUAUCCAUACCUUUUAACAGCAACUAAAUCCGUACUCAUAUCUAUGUAUACAUUCGACGGCCCCAAUAAGAUGGAUCUCUCCAGCACUCCGGAAUCUACUAGAGAAGUCAAUGAUUACGUGCGGGAUGUCGAAAACAAACCCGGGCAAGACUCACGAAGGAUAGAGCAAGAUCCCAAGAUGGUGACACUUCAAGCACCCUACCUACUUACAUCACUCAAAUCGCAUACUUCGAGAACCCCUUUAGCACUAUCCAUCCGGAAGACAACUAGUAGUAUCAUAGCUUCGAUUGUUUAUACCUUUUCGACGCUUCAAGGGUGGUCCUUAGGCAUACAGGAUUUACACUUACGCCCUCCUACAUCCCGAUCAAAACACACGUCGGAUAUAAUAACAACUCGAUUGGCAUACACGUUACCAGUCUGGAAUAGUUCUUCCCAUUUUCCAUCAACGUCGACAUCGCCAGCCCUACCAUCUUCACAUCAAGAUAACGGAGCAAUACAUGGACCUAUCAACUUAUGUUAUACACAUCCUUAUCUACUCGCGACCCUUCCAGAUAAUACGUUAAUCCUAUAUCUCUGCACAUCAAAUGCCACUUCUUUGUCGAUAUCACCUGGUAUCCGGCUUUGGGGACACACCUCCGGCAUAAGCGAUGCCGAAAUAACGGCACGCGGAAAAGCGGUUAGCGUUAGCUCACGCGGCGAAGAGAUUAGAGUCUGGGAACUUGAAGGGAGGGCACACGGCAAGAGUAUCGAAGUGCGCCCAACUACUAGACCUACUACCAAUGAUAAAGAAGGAACAGAUGACCCUGCUAUCAUCGAUGCUACGACUGUCGAGUGGGAUGAUCGGCGGAAUUGGGUCGGUUUCGACGACGAGAUGGUUAUUGUUCUUAAAGAAUCAAGGGGGCGAGAGAGCCUAAUGGUUUACGACUUUACGUAG